AUGGCGGCCAUUACCAUCGCGAACAUGAGGAGGAAAGUUUUACUGCACAAGUUGAUUCUAGUAGAGGUGGGUGCACGAACGUUCUGCUUCAUGUCCUUUGACGGGUACGGGUGGUACCUGUCCUCGACGGCCGCGUUGCUUUACUGUUCGUGGAUCGUCCACAACAUCGUGGCGUGGAUGAAGAUCCGACCGUUCUUCACCGACUCGAACUCCAUGUUCAAACCUUCGACGGGCAAGUGGGUGCGGAGAAUCUACCUCGUCACCCUGGCGUGUACGGUCCCGCCCAUCAUCUUGCAGAUAUACGACAAUUUCCGGUUCUUCAACAACAUCAGUGACUUUUACACAAAGGUUCGACCGUACGAGCCAUUGAUGCGAGACCCGUGGUGGUGUUUUUCCUGCUUUACGCUUUUCCACGUCAUUCGCAAAUGUUACGGCACCGGCGUCUUCGAGUUGAUCAAGCGUUCGCCACGGUUCGGAAUCUUGUUGGUGGCGAUAUGUUUGGCCAUGGUAUUCACGGCGUUUGACAUCGUCGCGAGCAUUCACAAUUUCAUCGGGUCGACAGACGGAAUCAACCCCUUUUGGAAACUGAGUCUGGUGUUCAAAUGUCUCACCGACACCAUCAUGCUGGACGAUUUCAAGACGGAACUGAAGAGGUUGGGGAUGAAACGCAUGCGACAGGACGAAUUGCGGAGGCGGAGUAUCGCGUUGGUCGCCGGCGGCGCCAACAAUAAUAACAACAACAAUGACGACGACGUCGAAUCCAUUUCCAAGAUGGUGGACGACGACGACAACGACCACCACAUGGAAUUCGUCGACGCUCUGAACACGGACCCCGCGCGGUUCCAGUCUCUGCACCCUACCGCCACCGCCCCGACCUACGGCUAUGACGGCGACGGCGACGGUGGUGACGGGAACACCAGUCCGAGUUGGAGGUCGAGUCCAAGCCAAGGGUCCACGGGACGGUUGAGACACGACUCAAUCUCCAUGGCCGGAGGAGGAGGACCAGGAGGAGGAGGUGGUGGUGGUGGUCGAACGCGCUCGUCGUCGAAAGAAUACAUCGGCAGGGCGGGCAAGAAGAUCUCCCGACUUCCUGGACUCAAGGAGUUGUCCGGUUCCCUUGCCUUUUCCAAGUCGAGCACCAGACGACAUGGACGUGGCACUACCGGGUCGGGCGACAAGGACGGUGGACGAGGAGGGGGGGGAGAAGAUGGCGUCGGAAGGAACGCGAAAACCGCCGGCAAGGAGGAGCAGCAGCCUCCUCGCGCGGCGACUCCGGCGGCAACGGAGCGUUUGUCUCAGAUGAGACAGAGUUUAGGUGUCAUCGAUUUUCAUGCUUGA